GGCGUGUAAUUAUUUUUCUUCCAAAAGUACCCGUGCUUCUUAAUCUAUAAUAUCAUAUGAUUCCCAUCUCUCUUCUUCCACGCGCAGCUCUCUUCUUCGCAGCUCUCUUCUCCGUCUUCCAGGAAAUGGAUCCGAAAAGUUUGAAACAAAAGACCACUGCUAGGCAACAGAAAGCAAUUGGGGUCAAGAAAUCAAUUGCUACUAAGCACCAAUGGACAAAUACUGAAAACAAAGCUCUGGUGGAUUGUCUUGUUGAUCUUUGUCAUGACCCUUGCUGGAAAGGGGAAAAUGGCUUCAAAACUGGAUACUUGGGUCAUUUAGAAAGGAUGAUAAAACUGAAACUUCUUGGAACUGAUAUUAGGGCCAAUCCUCAUAUAGAGUCUAGAACAAAGCUGUUGAAAAAACAAUAUCAUGCCAUUUCUGAAAUGCUAAAUCAUACAAGUGGCUUUGGUUGGAAUGAAGAUGACCACUGUGUGACAUGUACCAAGGAUGUCUUUGAUGACUGGGUUCGAAGUCAUCCAAGUGCUCUUGGUUUAAGGAACAAACCUUUUCCACACUAUGAUGAACGAGUUGAGGUGUUUGGAAAAGAUCGAGCUACUGGAGUAGGAGCCGAGACUGCAGCUGAUGCGAUUGAAGAGCUUGAUGAAGUUGGCGAAGAAAAUGAUUUUCAAGAUGGUGAAGUGGGAGAUGAUGAAACUGGUUUUGGAAGUGCAUAUGGUGAAGAUCAAAUGAAUAAUAUAGGGGCAAGUACAGAUGCUGCAUCUGCUAGCCAAUCUACAAGCAAGGCAUCAAACAAGAAAGCUGAAAUUGUGAUUAGCAAAAAGAGGAAAGUGCAGGAUGACGGUUUAACUAAUUUGGUUGCUGAAAUAGGAAAGUUUGCAUCUUCUUACCAGGAGAACACCGAGUGCCUCAAAAGUAUUUCUUCCUUCUUUAGUAAAGAAGCUGAUGAGAGUGACAGAAAGUUGAUGAUUUUUGAGGAGAUCAUUAAAUUGGACGCUUUCUCAAAAGAAGAAGUGAUGGAUGCAGGUGAGCACAUAUUGAAAGAUGCUCACAAGCUUGACACCUUUUAUGCUCUCCCUGUGGCAUUUAGGAAGGAUUAUGUCCUAAAGCAAUUGGGAGAUUUGGCUCCAUAUCAA